AUGUUCCUUCUUGAACUUUCAACAACGGACCUUGUGACCCAGCCCUCAAUUAUCUCGUUUUUCACUCUAUCUAACUAUCACUUUUUUCUUUCUUUCCUAACACCUAUCACGCCCUUUUCAUAUCUAUCUAUCUAUCUAUCUAUCUAUCUAUCUAUCUAUCUAUCUAUCUAUCUCAUCUGUUCAUAUCUACCUCAUCUGCUCAUAUCUAUCUAUCUAUCUAUCUAUCUAUCUAUCUAUCUAUCUAUCUAUCUAUCUAUCUAUCUAUCUCAUCUGUUCAUAUCUAUUUUAUCUGUUCAUAUCUAUCUAUCUCUUCUGUUCAUAUCUAUCUAUUUCAUUUGUUCAUAUCUAUUUCAUCUGUUCAUAUCUAUCUCAUCUAUUCAUAUGUAUCUAUCUAUAUAUCUAUCUAUCCCAUCUGUUCAUAUCUAUCUAUCUAUCUAUCUAUCUAUCUAUCUAUCUAUCUAUCUAUCUAUCUAUCCCAUCUGUUCAUAUCUAUCUAUCUAUCUAUCUAUCUAUCUAUCUAUCUAUCUAUCUAUCUAUCUAUCUAUCCCAUCUGUUCAUAUCUAUAUAUCUAUCUAUCUAUUCAUAUCUAUCUCAUCUGUUCAUAUCUAUCUAUCUCAUCUGUUCAUAUCUAUCUCAUUUAUUCAUAUCUAUCUUAUCUGUUCAUAUCCAUCUAUCUGUCUAUCUAUCUAUCUCAUCUAUUCAUAUCUAUCUCAUCUGUUCAUAUCUAUUUCAUUUGUCUAUAUCUAUUUCAUCUGUUCAUAUCUAUCUCAUCUGUCCAUAUCUAUCUAUCUAUAUAUUUAUCUAUCUCAUCUGUUCAUAUCUAUCUAUCUUAUCUGUUCAUAUCUAUCUCAUAUGUUCAUAUCUAUCACAUCCUUUCAUAUUUAUCUAUCUAAAUCAUCGGUUCAUAUUUAUCUAUCUCAUCUGUUCAUAUCUAUCUAUCUCAUCUGUUCAUAUCUAUCUCAUCUGUUCAUAUCUAUCUAUCUAUCUAUCUAUCUAUCUAUCUAUCUCAUUUAUUUAAAAAAAAAUAAUUUUUCUCUUUGUCAUUGCUUUCUUCUUUCUUUUUUUAUUACCAAAACCUGCUUAAUCUUCUUUUCUUCCCUGCAUUUCUUUCCUAUUUCCUCUCUCUCUCUCUCUCUCUCUCUCUCUCUCUCUCUCUCUAUCUAUCUAUCUAACCCUAACCCUAACCCUAUCUAUCUUUCUCUCCCUCUUUUCUUUCAUUGA